ACCCCCCGACUCCCACCGACCCCGGCCUGGCCGUAAGCGCCGAGGCUGCCGGCCCUGCCCUCGAGGCGUUUCCGCCUCCCCGGGCCGGUACAUAAAGCCCGGCCCCGCUGCGCUGCGGCCGCGGUGAUGGCAGCGGGACGAGCCCCGCUCGGGCUGCGGCGGUGGCUGUCCUCGCCCGCCCCGGCGCCGCGGGUCUGCGUGGUGGGCAGCGGCCCCGCCGGCUUCUACACGGCUCAGCACAUCCUUAAGCACCACGGUGGGGCCCAGGUGGACAUCUACGAGAAGCUGCCUGUUCCCUUCGGGCUUGUCCGUUUUGGGGUGGCCCCAGACCACCCCGAAGUGAAGAAUGUGAUCAACACCUUCACGCAGACGGCGCACUCGGGGCGCUGUGCCUACUACGGGAAUGUCACCGUGGGCAGGGACGUCACGGUGCCGGAGCUGCGGCAGGCGUACCACGCCGUGGUGCUGAGUUAUGGUGCUGAAGACAACCGGGUCCUGGGGAUCCCAGGGGAGAACCUCUCCGGUGUGUAUUCAGCCCGAGCAUUCGUGGGCUGGUACAACGGGCUGCCUGAGAACCGGGACCUGAAGCCUGACCUGAGCUGUGAGACGGCACUGAUUCUGGGCCAUGGCAACGUGGCACUGGACAUUGCCCGGAUCCUCCUGUCCCCACUGCAACUCCUCAGGAAGACAGACAUCACUGACAGCUCCCUGGCAGCUCUUGCCUGCAGCAAGGUGAAGCGUGUCUGGCUGGUUGGGAGGAGGGGACCUCUCCAAGUUGCUUUCACUAUCAAGGAGCUGCGGGAGAUGAUAAACCUUCCUGGUGCCAGAGCUGUCCUGGACCCUGCUGACUUCACAGGCCUCGAAAAUGCUGUUAAAGAUGCUCCCAGGCCCAGGAAGCGACUGACUGAGCUGAUGAUCAAAACAGCCCUGGAGAAGCCCAGGGAGAAGCCAGUGGAGGCACAGGCAGCACAGGCAGCAGCCUCCCGGGAGUGGGGGCUGAAGUUCCAGCGCAGCCCCCAGGAAGUGCUGCCCACCCCUGAUGGGAAGAGGGCGAGGGGCGUCCGCAUGGCCCUGACCCGCCUGGAGGGCUCAGGUGACUCUGCCAGAGCCAUCCCCACUGGAGAGGUGGAGGAGCUGGAGUGUGGGCUGGUGCUCAGCAGCAUCGGGUACCGGAGCCUGCCGCUGGACCCGGCCGUGCCCUUCGACACCCAGCGUGGCAUCAUCCCCAACAGCUCGGGCAGAGUGGAGGGUGUCCCAGGUCUGUACUGCAGCGGGUGGGUGAAGAGAGGACCCACGGGUGUGAUCAUCACCACCAUGAACGACAGCUUUGACACUGCCCAGUCUGUGCUGGAGGAUCUCCAAGGGGGUGUGCUGGACAUGUCCCCCUCCAGAGAAGGCUUUAGGGCCGUGGAGAGCAUCCUGUGCAGCCGAGGGGUCCGUCCUGUUUCCUUCUCGGACUGGGAGAAGAUUGAUGCUGCUGAAGUGGCAAGAGGCAAAGCUGCUGGCAAACCCCGGGAGAAGAUCGUGGAUCCUGCGGAGAUGCUGCGGCUGAUCGGUCACUAGGGCAGCAGUGGUGGGAAUGUGGCACUGCUCCAGUGGAGCCGUCCCGGGGCAACACCAGCAGGUUGUGAGCAGAGCCUGGGAGCACAGGGCUUGUGCCCAGGGCUGGUGGCCGCUCUGGAGAGGUGUGUGACACUGAGGCCUCUCUGGUACGAUGAACUCUGGGUUCCCAAAGUGAAUGUCCUCAAGACAUGAGGCUGCUGGCUGGCCCUGCGUCCCUGCAGCGGGGCUGCCAUUCCCGGGGGUGAUUCUUGUUGCAUUAAUGAAUCAUGCAGUGCAGGUGAGGGGAGGUGUGUGUGCACCUAGAGGAGUCCUGCCAGCCUCUUUCCCCACAGCAAGUCACAUGGAGAUGUUUCCCUGUGUCAUGCUGCCUCCCCUUUAAGCCACAAGCCAAAUGGCUUCAUUGCCUUGUAAUUCGUGCCAGAGCAGGCAUCUUUUAAUGAUAAUUGUUUUUUAAAUAAACCCUUCCAUCGAAGCCAAAUUGGA